UCUCAAGCAGAAUCUUGCAAGCCAAUUUCAACAAUAAAUUCAUCAGGUGCUAAUGAAUGCAUGGCCAAUCCUGGGCAUGCUGAUGCUUUGUGUGAGGAAGGCAGGCAUUUGCCAGAUCAAACCGCAAGUGAUACGGCUUUGAGGGUAGAGAACAGAUCCUGUCUGACGCCAUGUGUCGGAAGGAUGGCAUUGACUCUGAAGAAAUCAUGGAGUUUCGCUUGGCUGAGCGAUUCACUUUCCUUGAAUACGUCCCAGUCAAGGGGGUCCCGAAAAGUGCAAGUGCCCCUGACCUACUUGCAAAAGUCGAAGCUGCUGGCUCCGGCCAGCAAACAUUUGGUGGAGAUGUCCCUAAAAGAGUCCCACCAGGUCUUAUGCAUGCUUCCUGUAGAGAUGACACCCCGAGCACGAGUGGCAGGAGCGAAGACCGGUUGAGCACUUGCAGCAGCAUCGGCGUUUCCGCUGAUGAUGAUGGCUUGGAAGGAGGCAGGUCUAUUUGGCCCAGCAAGAUGAAAAGGGCCGAUAUGCGGAGCUGGUCAAUUGGAUCGGCUCUACAUGAGCAUGGCCUGUGCAAACCUUGCGCCUGGUUUUGGCGCCCCGGCAGCUGUACCAGGGGAGCUGAGUGCCAGCAUUGCCAUCUUUGUCCCAAAGGUGCCUUGCAGAAGAGGAAGUUCGAGAAUCGGCAGAGCACCACAAAAAAUGUGGCAGGAAGAUGCAGUAGAGCAUCUACCGCCAAAAACUUCCUUGCUUGGGAUGCGCUGCUUGUGCAUGUGUCUAGCGCGCUUGCUGCUCGGCUCCAAACUCACUAAUUAGUUUGCUUGUGCAGGUCUUCAGACCUGUUCUUGUGCGGAUCGCAUGCUGGUUUGAAAGACAUUUGCCCCCAUCGUUCUACACUAUGUUUAAUUGCUGUGAACGUUGGGGACCUCAAGGUCCUUGGUGUUUUCGUUGGUUCUUGACCUUGUUCUCAAGCAACCCCCAAGUACUAAGUACAGCAAGGUCCUGCUUUCACAGGGCCUUGAUACUUUCAACGGUGCAGCUGGCAACUAACUUGCUGUAUGGAGCGAUGUUGCCCUUGCACCACACUGUACAGCCUGCAGGUGUU